AUGUCUCUCACUGUCCCGAAGAGCCCAGCUGUCCCUCUACCACACUCUGCCCCGUUACCCACCCUACCGAAACCUUGGGUUCUGCCGGUGGGCAGGAAGGUCCCGCCCCACGAGAAGCGCAGGGUUUCCCGCUUUCCCCACGCAGGUCCCUAUCCCCGUACAUUUCGGAGAAGGCAGCAUUUUCCCCAUUCCUCCUUCCAGGGCACUGAAUCCCCCCGCUCGCAGCCGAGAGGACCGGCCCGGGCAGAGCAUCCGCCGGGGCCGCGGGCGGGGCCGGGGAGGAGCCGGCGCUGCCCCGGGGCCGCCGCCUCGCUCCCGCAUCGCCGGGGGCCGGGCCGGGCGCCAGGGGCGGUGCUGGCGGCCGGGAGGGACGGAGCGAGCCCGCCGAGCCGAGCCGAGCCCCGCGGGCGGGACGCAGCCCGCAGGAUGUCGCCGCUCCGCGUCUGCAUCGUCGGCUCGGGGAACUGGGGAUCAGCCAUAGCAAGAAUCAUUGGCAAAAAUGUCCAGAAGUCAAACAGAUUUGAUCCCACUGUCAAGAUGUGGGUAUUUGAAGAGAUCAUUAAUGGAAGAAAACUCUCAGAAAUCAUCAACCAGGAACAUGAAAAUGUUAAAUAUCUGCCUGGGUAUAAGAUACCCCACAACGUGGUGGCUGUGCCAGACGUGGCUGAAGCAGCAAACGGGGCAGACAUUUUAGUGUUUGUUCUGCCACAUCAAUUUAUUGGACGGAUCUGUGAGCAGAUUGCAGGACAGAUAAAACCUGGGACAUUUGGGAUAUCCCUGAUCAAGGGGAUUGAUGAGGGUCCUGAUGGCCUGAAGCUCAUCUCUGACCUCAUUCGAGAGCAGCUGAAGAUAGAGAUCAGUGUGCUGAUGGGGGCCAACAUAGCCAAAGAAGUGGCUGAUGAGAAGUUCUGUGAAACCACCAUUGGAUGCAAAAAUGAAACUCAAGGAGAAAUCUUUAAAGAAUUAAUGCAGACCCCCAAUUUCAGGAUUACUGUGGUGCUUGACACCGAUACAGUGGAGCUUUGUGGAGCCUUAAAAAACAUCGUGGCGGUGGGCGCGGGGUUCUGCGAUGGGCUGAGUUUCGGCGACAACACCAAGGCAGCAGUGAUACGCCUGGGCCUCAUGGAGAUGGUGGCCUUUGCCAAGAUGUUCUGCAAGGGACCAGUGUCAAUAGCCACCUUUCUGGAAAGCUGUGGGGUGGCUGAUCUCAUCACCACCUGCUACGGGGGACGCAACAGGAAAGUAGCAGAAGCCUUUGCUCGCACAGGAAAAUCCAUUGAGGAGCUGGAAAAGGAGAUGCUGAAUGGACAAAAGCUGCAAGGUCCUCAGACCUCAGCCGAAGUCUACAAAAUUCUGAAACAGAAGGAUUUGCUCCAUAAGUUUCCAUUAUUUACGACCAUCUACAAGAUCUGCUACGAGGGUCGAUCAAUCCAAGAUUUCAUCAUGUGCCUGCAGAACCACCCAGAGCAUAUGUAGAGAUCCCUUCUCCUCACCUGGCUGAAUUCUCACCUUCCUGGGACUUCUGUCCACUCCACAGCAAUUGAAAUAGAGAAGCAGGUUGUGUGACACUUGCUGUAAAAGCAACAAAGAAUGUAUUUAAUUCCCCUUGUCCUGGGGGUAAAAACAUCUGCCUUUAAUUUCAACAUUAUACCUAAGGAAUAGGAAACAAAUGUAAAACUUAACAUUAUUUCAUUUGAGUUAGUAAUGUGGGUAUUUCCCUAUAAUUAUUUUCUUGCUGACUGAAAACAGUUCCCCUUGUAAUUUCUACAACAGAGCUAAAUAGCUCACAUAAAACUUAAUGUUUUGCCUACAGUUACUUCUAGAAUGGCACAACACAUAGAAAAAUCAAAGAACUCAUUCAAACAGAUAAAUCAUAGUUUAAAAAAAAUCCAAGAGCAGUUAGAUGCAAUUGCAUGGACAAAUGCUAGAUUUCUGUAAUUCCCCUCAAACAUAAAUAACAUUUUGCAUUUUGGGACAUUUAGGCCUUCCUUGAUUUAGUUUCCCAGUAGAAGCUUCUUUGGAAAAAUAGGUACUAUUACUGUACUCAGACACACAAGAAUGUUCAUCAGAUGUAUAAAUAAAACAGUUUAAGGGGUGGGGGAAAGGAGAAGGGGUUUGGGAUGGGUGUAUUGUUUGUUUCAAAUCUGGGACACUAGGAACCCUCAAUAGUAAUCUGACCUUGAUUAAAUUUACUGUAUUCCUUUAAAAUACAGAAAAAACCAUCUGAAAUAACCAAAGACAAUUUUGUUAGCAUCAGAUUUUCUCAGCAAGUCCUCACCAUUAAUUUGAACCAGCUGAGAGGGGGGAAGUGGAAGUUGACAGAGAGAUGUACCCAGGGCUCAGCUUGCAGCUUGUGCACUUAUGGUGAUAUUUUGAGGGGGCAACCAGUAACAGUGACAAACUCUCUGUGAUACUUGACUUUUUAUACCUGUAUGGAGAUGACCGCUAUAGACGCACAGAACUCCUGUAAACUGGCAUUUCACACCAGGCUGCAUUCCUGGAACUCCACUGCUCCUUUCCAGACUGCAGAGUCGUGCCCUGAUCCCGCUCAAGCAGCACAUCUUACACUCCAGGAGAGAGAUCUCCCAUCUGCUUCUGAAUUUUAAACACAAACUGGGUUCACACACCAGGGGUUUUUAUUGUGCUACCAGUGGCGUGAAUUUUAGAAACAUUGAAGUUUUUUAACCUUAUAGCUGUAUUUGGGUAACUUUACAUACCUGAUGUUUUUCAGAGUUAAAAACAUCUACAAAAUGAACAGUGGCGCAUUUUAUAAGCUUUAAUCCCCUUUUGAAAUACUCCUAUUUUGAGAGAAGGCAAAAAAAAAAAAAAAGGAAGAGUAACCUACUUUUGCUGUGCUUUAUCAGAUUUUCUGAAAUAGCAGAGAGGAAGGCAAGUUUUUUUAAAUCUAUGUACUCGCUGUCAUAUUGCUUAGAGGAAAAAAAAUGAGCUAAUUAUCAAAUAAUUUCAACUAAUUUUAGAGAAAUUAUAGGUCUUUCACAUUUACCAGAGUAAUAUAUAUAUAUAACAAUGUAUUGUAAUUACAAAUAUAUUGUAAAAAAUCUCAGUCUCACAGCUAGCAAAGCUAGCUUGGGUACCAAAACCAGUGGCUGCAGCAUCCCUGAUCCUCCUGAACAGCAGCAAGGGUAGCUCAGCUCCUCCUGCUCAGACUCCAGGCACAGCUAACAGCUUGGGGCUCUGCAGAGCAACACCAACAUUCCUGCCACUGAAAUGGAAAUCAUGUGACCAAAUCCUUCCCACAAAGCAGGGAAUUUAUGCUCUUCAAUUUGAAGUGGAAAAGUACUUACACGUUGCACAGUUUUGAAGUAUCAAAUACAUGAGGAUGGGAUAGAGAAUUCAGGAACCUCCUUCCUUCACCAUCAGGCUGAAUUUCUGAUAAGUCAUGUAUGAGCUAAUAAUAACAUUGAAUAUUUUACAUUCAAAGUGUAUCAAAUAACAGUUUAAUAAAGUGAUCAAUAUACAGACUUGAUGUAAUUUCAUUUAUCAACAUUCUCACAAAAUAAAUGACUGUUGUAAUAGUG